AUGUCCACUUCAUACCAGAGGAUGACGAAGGAAGCGCUAGUCAAUCUCUGUCAGCUCAGAGGGAUUGAUGGAGCAGACCGGACAAAGGACUUCCUUGUACGUGCACUGCAGGCGGAUGAUCAAGGGAGGACAGGCAUGAUAACCGAGCCAGAUGGCAGUCCUCCCCAGCUGGUCUGUGAGAUAAACCCAAGGCCUGCCUCUCCUGCAGGUGAGAACUCUGAGCAGAGUACCACCUCAGAAGGACUGCCCUCAUCUAUACAGGCUGGGCUCGCCUGCCUACUAGGUGACUCGGAUGCCGAACUUCAUUUGCAACUCAUCCUAGAGUACCAGAAAGCCACCGAGCACCAAGCUGAGAGGGAAGCCGCAGAGCGCCAAGCUGAGAGAGCAGCAGCAGAGCGCCAAACUGACCGCCAACUGAAGCUGGAGUUAGCGCGGCUUGACCGGGGCAUUGCAUCAUCAGCCCCCACAGAAACCAGAGAGGUAUGUCAACCAAUGCCAUCUUUUGACAAGUUCCCCGUGAUGGAUGAGAGGUCAGGGGUUGAUGGAUUCUUCGGGAGCUUUGAAAAGGUGUGUCGCAAGUAUCAGCUCCCCGACACCCAGUGGGCAAAAUAUCUCACUCCAGGCCUGAGAGGGAAGGCACUGGAUGUUUUUGCUGACCUGCCUAUGGACUGUGAUGGGGACUAUGCUAAAAUCAAAGCGACCAUAAUCAAAAGCUACAACCUCACCCCUGACAUGUAUCGGAAACGGUUCAGGACUCUGCAGCUUGGCCCUACUGACAGCUACACUGAUGUCCUGGGUGGCCUGAGAUCUGCCUUUAACCAGUGGGUCAAGGGCCUGGACAUUACCACCUUUGAGGGUCUUGCUGACCUCACCAUCCAGGACCAGCUACUUCACAUCUGCCCCCCUGAGGUCAAGCAAUUUGUCCUAACGCGCAAAACAGCAGAGGCAACCGCCGAGCUUGCUGACCUGUAUGUAACAAGCAGGGUGCCCAACCACCGCAAGCCGAGUCCUAGUUGGAAGAGCCCCAAGUCCAGCUUUCCUCCCCUGCCUGCCGCCAACCGAAUGCUCGCUGGGGCAAACACCCACCCCUCUGGCGGGAAACCCGCAACCAUAGAUGUCCGGCACAGCUAUGUGUGCAACAAGACCGGCCAUAUCAGCCUCACCUGCCCAGACAAGAAGAAAUCCGGGCCGCUGGGGAAACCUUCCAGUUCACCCCCUGCCGUGUAUUGUGUGGCCACCCAGCCAAAUCCCCAUGCUGAUAACCUGCAACCUGUUAAAAUCGGAAAAAAAGGUUACAGUGCGGCUGCGGGAUACCGGUGCACAGCUGACCCUUGUGCGUCCCGAGCUGGUGGACCCCCCAAGACAUCCUUCCCGGAAAGACUAUGA